AUGAUUUACCAACACAAAGUUUCUUCAACCAUCACCCCAUCUCUACUAUCCUACCUCCCAUACUCCCUCCCCUUGCUUGGGCGCCUCGAAAAUUCACAACGUUCUUCAGCGUCUCUGAUCCUGGCUACGUUUCCAGAGUCAUCUUCUGGUCCUUAUGGGUUGUUCACAGCAGCGUACAUUGAUCAAUCCCGUCGUAGGGAAUCGCAGGCGUGGUUCUUUUGCUCUGCCGGUGAGCUGGAACUUAAGGUUGCCAAGACGCAGAUGCGCGAUAUGCUAUCUUAUAUCAAGUCCCGUCAGCCUGAGCCUACUCAGGGUAGAGAUGAGGAUAAGGAGGAAACAUUACUUAUUAUAGCGAGCUUAAACUCGUUACUCGUGAAUGUGGUCCAAGAUAUAUGUACUGCUGGAGGUGUCAGACUCUCUCAAGAGUUUAUGAAAUACCUUUUUCAUCAUUCUCCACCACCACCACCACCUUCACAAAUUGUUGACGGACUCGAGUUUGGCGAAUUGAGACCGGAGGAUAUGGGCCGUGUUAUAGCUACAUCUUCGAUUAGGCGUCACAAAGAUACUUUAUUAUUGCUGAAGAAUGUUGCAUUAUUUAAGGUCACUGGAGAUGAGAGAAUUCCUAUUGCGUGGGCAUUUAUUGGUUUCGACGGGUCACUAGCCACCUGGUGGGUUGAGAGAGAGUGGAGGGCGCGAGGAUGCGGAACGGCCGUUGCGAGAAAGGUUAUGCAGCAUUGGAGAAACGGAAGCAAUGAAGGAAAUUUGGCUCUCUGGGGGCAUGCGGAUGUGGCUGUGGACAAUUGGACCAGUAGAAGAGGUAUGGUAGGACUUGGCGGGGUAGAGGGUUGGAUUGUCAGAUGGCUCUAUGUUGACCUAAAUGGGCUUGGAAAUAAGUAG